UCCAACUAGGGCGCUGCUCAGUCCUCUGCUUUUUCAGGCCUCUGCGGUUUCUCCUGGGGCAGGCUUCAGCACCUUGGUUGCUGGAGGGCUGGGCCGGAAUCAGCUGCUUGACUUACCCUCCUCCGCCUGCAGCACCUCCGCCUCUGCAAAAAUGCAAAAUUUGCUUUUCUCUUGGAAGAGCGUGUGCCCAAGAGUUUGAGGAUGCAGAGUUGGAGUGUUCUUGGCUGACACCAUGGAAGGGGAAAAGAAGGCAAAGGUUAAAAAGGAAGACAGAAAGGCUGAAGAGGUUUAGAACAGAGAAUUCCCUUCCCCCAGGUGGAAUAAACUUCUAAUUCACUCUGCUGUUCCAGAUUUGUCAGUAACAAUAUUUGGGUUGCCUCUUCCUUCUGCCGCUCCCAGUACUGCUUGUGUGCUCAUUGGGUGUGGACCUGAUACCUUUUUUGUGAAGCCACAGCUGAGGAGACUCCAGCGCUCGCCAUGGCUGACAAAAAGCCCAAGGAAGGUGUCAAGACUAGGAGCAAUGACCAUAUUAAUUUGAAGGUGGCAGGGCAGGAUGAUUCUGUGGUACAGUUUAAGAUUAAGAGGCAUACACCACUUAGUAAACUAAUGAAAGCCUAUUGUGAACGACAGGGUCUGUCAAUGAGGCAGAUCAGGUUUCUAUUUGAUGGGCAGCCAAUCAAUGAAACAGACACACCUGCACAGUUGGAAAUGGAGGAUGAAGAUACAAUUGAUGUGUUCCAGCAGCAGACAGGAGGUGUCUACUAAUAAUGGAACCUGCUACUUUACUCCAGAAUUCUGUCCUUCCAGAUCAAGAAGACAUUCUCAAUUAGAAAACCGCAAUUUGGUUCCACCACAGCCUUACUACAGUAUAGUUUUCUCUAGUAUUUCAUUUUCCCCUUCCCUGUUCAUUUACUGGAUAUAAAAGUAACUGUGUAUGUGCACAAGCAUAUUGCAUUUUUUUAACUAAUUGGCCAAUAGUAUGUUUUUAUUGACAUCAAAUGGAGAUGGGAAGGGCAAAUACCCCAUUUCUGUGAAAAUGCUCCUUUUCUCCACUAGUGGCGUGUUCAUUCAGCUCUUUAUAUUCCAGUAAGUUGUUUUGCUCUCACUGCUUAACAAAACAAAGAGCAACAUAAAAACCCUUGCAUACCUUGUUAGAUUGGAGAAUUUUAAUGUUUUUCAUUUAUGAUUGAAAAACUAAGUUUAUAAUUUUUUGUACAUAGCUGUUACAUAUAGGGCAAUCUGUCUUUAGGUAGGGAUAAAACUGAAUCCUAGAUAGCUUUCCUUUCAAGUAAAAUGUCUUGUUGUUUAAAUAAACUCCGUGUUUAAAAUG